GCCGCGGCGCCGGCUCGACCGGGAUCGCACGUGCCGGCGCCGGGCGGAGGAGACGGCGGGAGGAGGGGAGGCGCCGGGGGCGCGCGCGCGCGCUGGGCGCUGCUGGGCUGCGGCGGCGGCGGUUACUAUGGCGGAGUCGGCCGGAGCCUCCUCCUUCUUCCCCUUCGUCGUCCUCCUGCUCGCCGGCAGCGGCGGGUCCGGGCCCCGGGGGAUCCAGGCUCUGCUGUGUGCGUGCACCAGCUGCCUCCAGGCCAACUACACAUGUGAGACUGAUGGGGCCUGCAUGGUCUCCAUUUUCAACCUGGACGGGAUGGAGCACCACGUGCGCACCUGCAUCCCCAAGGUAGAGCUGGUGCCGGCUGGGAAGCCCUUCUACUGCCUGAGCUCCGAGGACCUGCGCAACACCCACUGCUGUUACACAGACCUCUGCAACAGGAUUGACCUGCGUGUGCCCAGCGGCCAUCUCAAGGAGCCCGAGCACCACUCCAUGUGGGGCCCUGUGGAGCUGCUGGGCAUCAUCGCAGGCCCCGUGUUCCUGCUCUUCCUCAUCAUCAUCGUGGUCUUCCUGGUCAUCAACCACCACCAGCGAGUCUACCACAACCGCCAGAGGCUAGACAUGGAGGACCCCUCCUGCGAGAUGUGUCUCUCCAAGGACAAAACACUGCAGGACCUCGUCUACGACCUCUCCACCUCGGGCUCAGGCUCAGGGUUACCCCUUUUUGUCCAGCGCACAGUGGCUCGAACCAUUGUCUUACAGGAGAUUAUCGGCAAAGGGCGGUUUGGGGAAGUGUGGCGCGGCCGCUGGCGGGGUGGCGACGUGGCUGUGAAGAUCUUCUCUUCCCGUGAGGAGCGCUCGUGGUUCCGGGAGGCAGAGAUCUACCAAACGGUCAUGCUGCGCCACGAGAACAUCCUGGGCUUCAUCGCCGCCGACAACAAGGACAACGGCACGUGGACGCAGCUGUGGCUGGUUUCUGACUAUCACGAGCACGGCUCUCUGUUUGAUUACCUGAACCGCUACACGGUGACUAUCGAGGGGAUGAUCAAGCUGGCCCUGUCCGCCGCCAGCGGGCUGGCGCACCUGCACAUGGAGAUCGUGGGGACCCAAGGGAAGCCUGGGAUUGCCCAUCGAGACCUAAAGUCAAAGAAUAUCCUGGUCAAGAAGAACGGCAUGUGUGCCAUCGCAGACCUGGGCCUGGCCGUGCGCCACGAUGCGGUCACUGACACCAUCGACAUCGCCCCCAACCAGAGGGUGGGGACCAAGCGGUACAUGGCUCCAGAAGUCCUGGAUGAAACCAUCAACAUGAAGCACUUCGACUCCUUCAAGUGUGCAGACAUCUACGCCCUGGGCCUGGUGUACUGGGAGAUCGCCCGGAGGUGCAACUCCGGAGGAGUCCACGAAGAGUAUCAGCUGCCCUACUACGACCUGGUGCCCUCGGAUCCCUCCAUCGAGGAGAUGCGGAAGGUCGUCUGCGACCAGAAGCUGCGACCCAACGUCCCUAACUGGUGGCAGAGUCACGAGGCGCUGCGGGUGAUGGGCAAGAUGAUGCGGGAGUGUUGGUAUGCCAACGGUGCAGCCCGCCUCACUGCCCUGCGCAUCAAGAAGACCCUGUCCCAGCUCAGCGUACAGGAAGACGUGAAGAUCUAGGCGUGCUCCUGUUCCCCAUGUAGCCCCCAGGCAGCGACAACUACAGCUGCCAUGUCGAGCGUCUGACGGAGGCCUACCUCUCGUUUCUGCCCAGCCGCCUGCGGCCGGCCGGCAGCCCUGGCCUGCCUGAGGGACAGAGCCCGGGAGCCCCGCUCACUCCCGUGUCGGCUGCGACAUGCAGGACACCUUUUCUAUUUACCUCCUAACGGCGCAGAGACUGAGAGCGGAUUGGGUGCAGAACUCAGUGCCACGUCUCAAACCGCUCGGAGCGGCUAGCAACCUCCUCUCCCCCCGCCAAAGCCGGUGCCCCUGGCGGGGUGGCCUGGGAGGGGCCAUAGGAGCAGGCUUGGUACCAGGGACCUAGCCACAGCACCCCAAGGUGGCCUACAGGAGUGGAAGUGCUGCUCUUCCCGCAGGCAGCUCUGAGCCCAAGCAGCUCUCCUCCCUUACAGGAACAUGGGUGACAGGGGGCUGCCAGUAGAGGCAGAGCCUGCCGCGCGUCUGUCUAGCCGUGUGUGUGCAUGCACCGAGGUGCGUCCUCCGUGGUGCCUGGUCUGUGUCACGCCCUUGUGUGUGCGUGUGUGUGUAUGUGUGUGCCUGUCUUGUGUGUAGGUACGCACUUCCCUGCCCCAGCUUCCUGUGCCUGCGCAGGUCGGGCUGCUCUCGUCUGCCGUCUCCAUGUGCCCGGGCCUCCGCUCUGCACUGAGCAGUGCCUGGCCUCCCCAGCACCCAGCCCUGCCCCUACACCCUCCCCCUCCAAGCCCCCAGUGGCGUUCUCUCCCCCGCCCCCACCCAUGUCAACACGGCUCCCCUCCUCCAUUCCGGACUCCGGAACCAAAGCUGGCCCAGUUGUCCAUGGCAGGAGAGGCUUUGGGUCAGAAUGGAGGGAGCUG